UUCCAGACCAGUAAUGAGGGGCAAUAAUGGUCGCCCUACAUUUUGCGUACAAAAAACAAAACCUCACACGUGCAUGUAGCGUUCCUCGGUUCCAGCUUUAAUUUUCUAUAUCCUGUCCUCCUCUGCUACUUGAUAUUACUAGCGAUCCGGGGACAUUGUUUCAUUUAGAAGUUGCAGAGAUCGAAAGGAAGUCAGUUGAUAGGUUGUUUUCCAUCAAUAAUGGAUGCCGACAGUAAGGUUGUUCAUGAAUCUCAUAGCCCAGGUUUGUAUACCUCAUCAUUAGACAGACCGGUAACGAUUCCGUCUGGGUUCUCAUUGGAGGAAAUUUAAUUCGGCAUGCUGUGUAAGGUGCCCUGCCUGCCAGAAUUUUUGCUAUUGAUUGCUAUCCAGACUAUGCAGUCCGAAUGAACUCUUACUCUAAACCCAAGUACUUGAUUGACAUUUCAAAAAUACUUCAAGGGAUGCCAGAAUUUGAUCGGUUGCUGGCUUCCCCGCUUGGGAAGCUUUUUUCUCUUCAUGUUCGUCAAUGUUCAUUGUCUGGCCAGUUGGUUCACCAGAUGCUUUGUAGGCAGCUCUACACAGAGAACAUUGAUGAGCUGUGGUUCGUCUUUGGGGGUCAUCCAUUGCGGUUCUCCCUUCAAGAGUUCGAAGAUGUUACUGGCCUACGGUGUUACCCUUUACCUUUGGAGAAUGAACUCACCGCUGCAACCACUCAUUGUGAAGGUGACUCCCCUUACUGGUAUACGUUACUUGGCGGAACACUUGGUUCUCUGACAGUUAAAGAAAUUGUCAGCCGGUUGAAAUCUGAAUCAAAUAUGCCUAUGUGGGGUAAAUUUAGACUUUGUCUAAUUGUUAUUGUGGAGGGCAUACUUCUAUGUAGGAACCAACCAGUCAAACCAUCUGCGGAAGUGGUUGAGAUGGUCAAAGAUGUUGAUUUUUUUAAAAAAAUUUCUUGGGGUCGCCACUCAUUUACAAGGCUGCUGCGAAUGGUGAAAGUUGGAAGCUAUUUGCCAACCUCAGUGUCUUUACUUGCGAAGCUUAAAAAAUCGUCCAUGUCUGUCCACGGUUUUCCUCUUGCAAUCCAGUUGUUUGCAUUCACAUAUGUGCCAUUGUUGCUUAAAUACCUCCCUCAUGGGCGAGAUAUGUCGACCUUUCUUGACGAAGUUGUUGUGAUUCUUCCGAAGUGCAAGUCAUCCCAUACAACAACCAUUUUCGAUGUUGGAAAUGAUCCCGCCUUGUUCGUUAUGUCUCCCAAACCUCGCCAGCAUGUCUUUCUAACAUCUGGGUAUUGCGACCCCAAGGUUAAGCAUUUAGAGAGCCUUAUUGUUUCCGGCUAUCACUUCAUCAAGGAAAGUUGGUCUGGAGGUGAUUCAUCGCGACCACUUCUACUCUAUGCACAGAAACAUAAACUAUUAGACCUAACCAGCUCCAGUGAACGUUCCGAAACAGAAAGAAAUGGAAAAAAAAACAAAAAAAGGUCAGAACCUCAGGAUUGCUGAAGACGUUGAUUCUAUCAUAAAGGUUAAACUUUCGACCUUCAAGGCAUCUCUUAUGGGUGAAGUUCGUGAACUUCUCCACAAACGUCAGUUUGCAGCCGUUGGCAACGUUGCUAAAGGUACAUAUCUGGUGUCAAGCUCUGCAGUAGGUUCACCUAGCCAUAGUCAAUCACCAAUUUCUGAUACUAGGCCAUCAGCUAUUAUCGCCCUACAUCCCUCUGAUUCAAUACCGUUUUCCUCUGCCGCUCCCCUCCUCUUCCAAUGGGUAUUCUUAUUUGCACCAUGUGAAUGUCGUUGCUUCCUCGUACAAGGUCCAUGUGCCUUCACUUAACGGUCAUAAUGCUCAGCCAUCACUGCCCAUAUUAUCACCUGCUCCACUUAAGAGACUCCAUAGCAUUCCGCUCUCUGUCCUUCCA